CUGUAAGAGACAACAGUCCGAGGUGGGAGCUACUGCGUGGGAGCCCGACACUGCUGCCACUAGGGCGAGGAGCGGCAGGGUUGGUGGCAUGCCGCCCCUCAGAGGUUGUGAGCAAGCUGGGCGGAAGAGGCAGGGCGUCCUUGCGGUGUUUAUCGCAGUGUUGCUGACAAUGGUGGUUGUGAACACCCUCACCUAUCCCGGUCCCGCCCCGCUCCAACCACCCGGCCGCAGGGGUCGUUCUCAUGUGACUCCCCACCCUCCGCUGCCACAGUUCGGCGAGACCUUGGUAGGGUGGUUGAGCAAGGCGGUCAUCGUGGACCUACUGAUCCACGGCACCAAGGAGGAACCCGUGUGGGGCCUCAGUGUGACCCGUUACCCAGUGGUGACCCGCUACGUGAUUAGGUCGCCUCCACCACACCCCUUGGAUUUGUCAAGAGAGGGCGAUGGGCCACUAGGAAGCAGUCUGAGUCGCGUGCAGGACUUCUUCGCCUAUCUUAAGGCGCCGAGAAGACGCUGUCGCAAGCAGGUGAUGAUGGGCGGGAACCACCAGUGCGGCGAGGUGACCGACGACAUCUCCGACGGCAGGAAGGUGGUCUGCCUCGACGCCGAGCUGCAGCUACAGCCGCGCCGCCGCCCGCAGUCCUGCCUCACGCUGUCCUUUGGCAUCCAUCGUGACACUUCGUUUGACGCAGCCAUGGCGGCGAUGAACUGCGAGGUGCACAUGUUCGACUUGCUGAACUACACUCCCUCCGGCCUGCUGCGUCGCGCCCCGCACGCACACUUCCAUCAGGUGGGGCUGGCCGAGAAACGGCUACAGCGUUACUACCUGAACCUUGGACAGGAGUUACCAGUAGACAGUCUAGAGGGUCACCUGAUCACCAACAACCUCAUGUACCGGCCCAUUCAUCUGCUGAAGAUGGAUAUUGAGGGUGAUGAGUGGGUUGUUCUGAAGCAGGUGGCUCAGCAGCCCAUCAUGGACCUCAUUGGCCAGAUUGCCAUAGAAAUCCACAGUGAAGACUUGUUGACUUUGCCUGCCAAGAAACACCUGAGUUACCUUCAAGACAAGUACAAUGUCCUCAGGGCCAUUGAGAAUCGUGGGUUUGAAAAGAUUGCUUACUGGGACAAUACAAAGAGCAAAGUGUACAAAGACACAUCUGGAGCCUCCUACAACACCUGUGGUGAGAUCCAUUUUGUCAACACCAACUGGUACAACACAUCAUUCAAGUCAACUCUAAAGAGCAUGAGCAUUCACUUCCCUUAGCUUAUCUAUAUUUCUGUGUGUGUGUAAUUCACCACGGCCUGAUCACGAGUUGGGACUCACUUUCGCCAGCAGGUACCCUCACGACGUGAGCAAGUGCUCAUUAUUGUCGAUCUCUGGGUACUGCCAGGACCUCACACACCACACCCCCCAUUUCCCUUGCUCAAGGGAGGACAGUAACCACUUCUAGUCAGUGGAAAGAGUCCGGCCUGAGUGGGGCUCAAACCGCCACCUGUUUG